UCUGUGGAUUAUGUCAGUUGAAUUGAAGAAUGUAUGGUAACUGGCAUCACUUUCAAUCAACAGUGAUUUGUUCUCUGUCUGUUUUGCCAGUAAUAAAUUCUGCCACCUCCCAUAACUUAGCGUAGCAUUUCCUUCUUAGCCUCCUAGGUUUCUUCGAGAUACCAAAGAUCAGCUGUUUUGGCCUUCAAAUAAUAAUGGCUGCAACUGCUUUUCACCAAGCUAUUGGGUCUCUUCAGUCCCAUGAAUGCUUCCAUGGUUCUGGCUUCCAUCUGGAGUCUCAGAAUGCUUCAGUGAGCUUGGUAUCAAGAGGUUUCAGUGUCGAGGUUGGACUUUUGAGAGGAGGAAGUUAUUGCUCUAAAAAGAAGAGUUUUAGUGUUAUUCAAUCCUCAUCAUCUCAGACUGCAGUGUUCGACCCUGUUUUAUCGCCAUCAAAUAAAACCACCAAUGAUUCCAAAAAGAAAUCAAAUGAAGCGGCUUUGAUUUUGAUCCGGCAUGGUGAGUCUCUGUGGAAUGAAAAGAACUUAUUCACAGGUUGUGUGGAUGUGCCAUUAACCAAGAAGGGUGUUGAAGAGGCAAUUGAAGCUGGUAAGAGGAUCAGCAACAUCCCUGUCGACAUGAUCUACACGUCUUCACUGAUUCGUGCGCAGAUGACUGCUAUGCUUGCCAUGACACAGCACCGUCGCAAGAAGGUGCCUAUCGUUACACAUAAUGAGAGUGAACAGGCAAAAGCAUGGAGUCAAAUUUUUAGUGAAGAGACCAAAAAACAGUGUAUUCCAGUGAUAACUGCUUGGCAGCUAAAUGAAAGAAUGUACGGGGAAUUGCAGGGUCUUAACAAGCAGGAAACAGCAGAUAGAUAUGGAAAGGAACAAGUUCAUGAGUGGCGUCGAAGUUAUGAUACACCACCACCAAAUGGCGAGAGUUUGGAAAUGUGUGCUCAGAGAGCUGUUGCUUACUUUAACGAACAAAUUGAACCCCAACUUCUAUCCGGAAAGAAUGUAAUGAUUGCUGCCCAUGGGAACUCACUGAGGUCUAUCAUUAUGUAUCUUGACAAACUAACUUCCCAAGAAGUUAUCAGCUUAGAACUGUCAACUGGAAUACCUAUGCUUUACAUAUUCAAGGAGGGAAGGUUUAUCAGGAGAGGAAGUCCUGUGGGACCAUCUGAGGCGGGGGUUUAUGCUUAUACUAAGGGUUUGGCCUUAUACAGGCAAAGAUUAGAUGAGAUGUUUCAGUGAUUUAUUAGAGGGUCUCACCUCAUUGCAUUCACAAUAUUCAUACUUAGUUGUGUCAUAUUCAGCUCGAGAAGAAAAUUGUGUGAAAAUGCAAGUUAUUGUGACAAAAAUUGGAUGCAGUUCUCAAUGCUAGGUCAGGAAGGUGGCUACUGGUUUUCUGUACUUUUGUAUGUGUCAAUCAAGCCUAGUUGUUUUAUUCUUCCGAGUUAUUUUAUUCUAUCUCAGAUGUUUGUGAUAUAUUGUGGAAUUUAUAUCCCUGAUGGAGACUGCCAUAAUAGAGCGAAUUUCUGGAUCUUUUUUUUUUUUUCUCUGUUCCCUUCUUUUUUCUAUUUGGC